AAGUUUAAGGAAAUAAUAACACACAAAAUUAUCCUAAUCUCAUUAAUUUUUUGAAUAAAAAUGAGUGUAAAACUCAGCUAUAAACAAUAUAUCUAAGGAAAACUUGAUUUACUUGAGUUCAUGAUAGCUGAAAAAUAGGCCAACGUGAAAAGAUAAGAAGCUUAGAGAAAUGAGCUGAAUAGUUAAGUGAGAUAAGUCAAAGAAGAAUUAUAAGCUUUAUAAGAGCCUCAUUCUUAUGUUGGAGAUGUUGUUAAGCAAAUGGGAAAAGAUAAAGUAUUGGUUAAAGUGAAUCCAGAAGGAAAGUAUGUGGUGACUUUAGAUAAGAAUAUCAAAAUUGAAGAUUGCAAACCUAAUACCAGAGUAGCUUUAAAGAGUGAUUCCUAUGUUUUACACAAAAUAUUGCCAACUAAAGUGGAUCCUCUAGUAUCAUUAAUGAAAGUGGAGAAAGUGCCCGAUUCUACUUAUGAUAUGAUUGGUGGUCUAGACUAACAAGUAAAGGAAGUGAAAGAGGUCAUUGAAUUGCCAAUCAAACAUCCAGAAAUAUUUGAAAGUUUAGGAAUAGCAUAACCAAAGGGAGUAUUACUCUAUGGACCACCAGGAACAGGAAAAACUUUGUUGGCAAGAGCCAUAGCCCAUCAUACAGAUUGCACAUUUAUAAGAGUGAGUGGGUCAGAAUUAGUUUAAAAAUAUAUUGGAGAGGGUGCAAGAAUGGUUAGAGAAUUGUUUGUAAUGGCACGUCAACAUUCUCCAUGUUUAAUAUUCAUAGAUGAAGUUGAUUCAAUAGGAGGAGCAAGAAUGGAAGGUGAAAGAGGAGGAGAUUCAGAAGUAUAGAGAACAAUGUUGGAAUUAUUAAAUCAAUUAGAUGGUUUUGAGUCUACUUAAACAAUUAAGAUUAUCAUGGCUACAAAUAGAAUUGAUAUUCUAGAUGCUGCUUUGUUGAGACCUGGUAGAAUAGACAGGAAAGUCGAAUUCCCCAAUCCAGGAGUUGAUGCUAGAUUGGAAAUAUUGAAAAUUCAUUCUAAAAAAAUGAAUCUAAUGAGAGGAAUUGAUUUGAGAAAGAUUGCUGAAGUUAUGCCAGGUGCUUCUGGUGCUGAAUCAAAAGCAGUUUGCACUGAAGCUGGUAUGUUUGCAUUGAGGGAAAGAAGAAUUCAUGUCACUUAAGAAGACUUUGAAAUGUCUGUAGCCAAAGUAAUGAAGAAGGACAUUGAGAAGAACAUGGCCAUCAAUAAAAUGCUUAAAUGA